AAAAGUUACGCUCCAAAAAAAAGAAAAAGAAAAGAGGAGCACUCACAGUAUGAGGGACGCUGACAUCCGAGCUGUACGUGGAGCCGGUUGUGGAUUGUUCCGACUCGGCUUUGGGCUUCCUCUAUCGCGGUGCGGCGCCCAUAAAUCACAAACAACUCCACGCUGCUUUCCUUCCUUCCCUGCAACUCACCACGAUCCACAUCCAGCCGCUUUCCCAACUCACCACGAUCCAACUCGUUUCCCUGCUGCGUCCGCUCGUCUCCAUGGCGGAAGGUGGCCAACAAGCCCAUCCCGCCGCCGGCGGCGAUGGCGGGCGGUGGCUAGCGGCGGCACCUCCAAACCUCCGCGCCAAAGUGGUCCAGAAGAUAACGAAUAAUCUGUGCCAGUUCCAAGUCCAAGGGAAUCAGCUCGACCAGCUCCACGCCGUCGCUUCCCGAUUUGAGGCCAAGGUGUUCAGCGACUCCCACAACGUGCAGGACUACCUCAGAACAAUAAGCAUCAAGAUGAUGACUCUUCAGAGCAAAUGGCAACCGGCUGCUUCCGACCACCAGGCACACACCGGAGGCCAAGUGCGGCCUCUCAAUGCAGUUCCGGCCUACGCCACCGCAGUGCCGCCGCCGCAAGCGUCGCCAUCAACCACGACUCGUCUCGCUGUAAGGCCACCUCAGGCGCAAAACAUGCAGCUCAAUCAUAAACCAUCACAGCAACCCCCAAUGGCACCCGUUGCCCAGCUCCACCCUUGUGAUCCUACCGUGGCAGCUCAGAUUCAGACUCAGUCCCUGUCCAGGCACCACAACUCCAGCGGCAUGUGUACACGGCAGCCGGUUGCGCAGGCUCCUUUCAACCAUCAGCCACACAUGCCUCCCAAUGCAGUAACUCAGAUUCAGACUGCAGUGCCGCGGUUAACAUCAGCAAAUCGGCUUCCUCCUACAGAUCAAGUGCAAAACAUGGGGAUCAACCCAAUGGCACCCACUGGCCAGCUCCACCCUUGUCAUCCAACGGCGGUUACUCAGAUUCAGUCCCAAUCCAUGGCCAGGCAUAACUCAAGCGGCAUGCGUGCACAGGAGCCACAGCAAGAUUAUUUGAGGGUCAACCAACGGCAGAGUUACCAAGCUCAAGGAGGACAGCAGUCCAAUGUCGGCCCUUUGCAGAUCGGGCCUUCUGGAGAACGUAACAACCAACAAUUUGGGCACCAUCCAGUCGAAGUGGAUUGGAGGGAAGACAUGUUCCAGAGGAUCACAUCCCUCAAGGUCGCUCACUUCUCGGAGCUCGUGGAAUUUCAGCGAGCAAUACAAGCACGCAUCCCUCAGAGGAUAACAAACCAACAGCUCGAGUCAUUACCUAAAGAGCAAGCAGACAAAUAUCGGAAAUUGGUAGAUACCAUGGCAAAGAUUGGUUCUGCAUUGAGCUUCCUACAACUCCAGAAAAGCAACAUACCUGAGGCCAUGAAGGAUCAGUUUGACAAACACCAGAUACGCAUAGAUCGUAUUCUGCAUUUUCACAGGGUCAUGAAGGAUCGGUUGCAGAACCCUCCUCGGGCUGUAAAUAACAUAGGUGCAACAGGUAGCCAGCAGAAACAUCAAGAGCAACCUGCAGCAGAGACGUCGUUUUCGCAGUCUUCAGAAAACGUUCCGGCCACAAGUCUGCUGGUACAGCAGCAAGAGAAUAGCCACGACGUAGCAGGUGAAGAAGCGGUGCACGACGAGGUGCGCCGUGAGGCUGAAGCACCGGUGGCCACCAAUCUUACCGGCAGCAGUACGCCACCAUUGACCAGUGGAAGUGGAACAUGUAGCCAGGAAAAAGAGGACGAUCAUCAUCCAGCAUAUGAAGCAAUUCCACAACUGACACAGAACGCUAAUCCUGUUGAAACUCCACCGGCUCAUCAGCAAACCAAUAGGUCUUUGUCGCCGGCAGCGCUUCGCAGCCUAGCCCAAGAUAUGGGAGUGAACUUGAAGCGGGCCUUCCGCCACACAAUGUCUGGCAGCUGCGCGUGGUUUGAUGAAUCCAGCGGGGAUAGCUGCAACAAGAGGCGAAAAAUGCAUGCUCUUCGCGACGAGAUCAGAGCUGCGUACAGCAUGCUAGUGGAGACGGAGAUCAGAAUCACCGAUGACGACACAGGAGGAGCGGACGGGGCGGUGGUGAUCGAGCUCUGCUACAUCCCAGUGUCGCUUACACCGGACCUCAGGGAGGUUAUCGACCCUUCUGAGAUGUCGACAAAGCUGCUCGUCCCUGCGGACUACCCACGAAGCUCCCCGGUGCAUGUCGGAGAUGACGGCGGACACAGAAAGGGGAUUGCAGCUGGCGUGCUGGACGUGGAGUUCCGACGUGCCCUCGGCCAACUCCCGGAGCCCAGGUCAAUCAAGGGGAUAGCCAAGGCGUGGGACGCCUGCGUGCGGAGAGCCGUGGUGCAGUUUGCGCAUGGCCUCGGCGGAGGGACGUUCAGCACGAGGUACGGCCGGUGGGAGAGCUGCAUCGGAGCCUGAAAGUGGAAACAACAAGUGAUGUACUCUGAUUCUCAACUGUACUGGGCGCAACAGCCAACUUGUAUUUGGCUAUCUGCAGAUGAUAAACCAUCCAAACUGCAUCAAGUUCAUGUUGUUGAUGUUGUUUGUUUUGUUACACUGUACUUGCAACUACUGCGGCUCAUUCGAAUUAAUUACUAAGUAAUUUUGGUUGGUAGCAUGAUCUGAAAUACAGUAGUUAAAGUCUGCAAACAUGUUCUGAUACACAGCAAACUUCUGAAAGGAAAAUAAACCUUUUUCUACGCGUGAAAACAAAUAAUUGAAGGUAAAGAGAACCAGCAGAAACGCGCUGAGAUGUUUGCAUGUGACAUAUUUCACCAAAGAUAUGCAAAUUCAAAGAAGAAUCUCUCAUACUAGAUCAUCAAAUUCAUUUUUGAGCAUGAAGAAAUCCAUUCGAUUCAGAGCCAAAAUAACAACUAGUUCCUUGGCAUUUCUCCUAGAUUUCCAAAUAGUACUUCACUAGUUCCAUUCUACAUGCUUCUACCACUUUGGGUUCUUACAUUGUCUUAAUGAACCUAUUGGUUGUGCAUAAACUAAAAAUUAUUAAUGCGCUCGCCAUGACAUCUGACACACAAGACGCACAUAACAUUGUCAAAUCAAGACA